AUGGACCGCCACAUGAAUAUGGCUCCAACUACAAGGAGCUCUCGUACUUUGUACGACCACUUUGACCCUGGUCCAACACCCGAAUUUGAAGAGCAACACCAAUAUACCGAUGUUGAGAUGACCAUCGAAGAUAACGACGAGCAAGAUGUUGAAGAGCGGGACGUCAUGGAGCACGAUCCCGUGAGCAACAUCGAGAAAGAUCGCAUCAUUAUCGCCAUCGACUUCGGCACAACGUUCUCUACUGUCGCAUAUGCCGUGUUACCAAAGGGUGUUGCACCCAAAAAUAUUCACGUACGAAAAUUAAAAUGCAUCGGUAAAUAUCCGGGCUACCAGAAGUUGGACGGCACGCUGGAUACCAGGCAAGAUGUUCCAACCGAGUUGUGGUACAAUAUUGAAGAUCAACCGCUUCCGAGCUCAGAAGUUCCGAGCCCAGACCUUCCCAGCAACGAUGAAGACUCGUCGAGUAGUGACGAUGAUGGCCCACACGGCGACUCAUCAGGCCCUGAAGACGACAAUGGCCUGAGAGCAAUUAGAGCUGCGCCUCACAUAAAGCCUCGCAAACCCAAAGUCCCACAGUAUUGGGGAUUCAAUGUACAACAACAUCUCAACCUGAUGAACAUCCCGAGGGACGAUGUAAGUCCCCUGAGAAGAUUCAAGCUUAAACUCGACAAUACGGAAGAUACCGAGAAGCUUCGAGCUGAUAUUGACACGAUUCUAUCCACCUUGCGUGAAAGAGAGGUGAUCAAAGACGACUCGGAUAUCUAUGCAGACUAUCUCACCCACCUGCUCAGGCACGCUAAAGAACAACUGCAAGAGUCGAAGGAGCUUUGCGAGAACAUGGUCGUUCAAUUUGUUUUGUGUGUGCCCGCCAAAUGGCCUGUGAAAGCUUGUCGGACCAUGCAGAGUGCAGUUGAGCAAGCUGUACAAAGAGCCGGCUUCAACAGUAAGGCGCAAGAAGCUUCCCGGAAUUUGUUCAUGAUCUCCGAACCUGAGGCCGCUGCUGAAUGCAUUCUAGCCGAGGCCAGAAGUGAUCUUUAUGUACGUGGCACCUACGUACAACCAUCACUUAAAGUGUUAACCUCAAGCAUAGCGCGAUGA